UUACUGAGUGCUAUAAAUACAACAGCGCGCGCAUCACUCACACACAGUCCACUCAAACUAUUGAAACUGCGAUCUCCGUCGCGCGGUCUGCGGUUUUUAUCGACUUUAUCUUCUUUUUAAUAUUUUUGCGGACUAUGUAAACUAUUGAAACUACAAAACUUUUUUGUGGAAUAAGUAUUGGAAUAUUUUUCCCCUCUGGAAUAAGUAAGCAGUCUGUUCGGACUUGAUGAGAGCCUGAUAUCGCCUUUGAUUCUAAAGGAAUUUCCCCCUUUAAUUUGUACUACUAGUACUAAUGCUGUUUACAGUUAAACAUGAAGAUGCUGUUCAGGUGGGAUGAUCCCGCCAAGAUUAAUGUCAUGUAUCUCGAAGGUUAAUGGUGCUUGCCCCAUACCCUGGAGAUGUUAGCCAUCCAACACUGCAAUGAUUCAACCCUGGUUGCUGAUGAACCACUCAGCAAUGAGACCCAGAAGGUUACUGGAGUGGCACCAGUGCGCUGCAUGGAAAAUCUCACCCCCCCUUCAACCAACCCCACGGCAGCUGGCCUGUCCAUGACACUGGGCAUUGUGUCCAACAUCAUAGCACUGAUGAUCCUGGUGAAAGCUUACGCCCGCAUGCGGAAGCGCUCGAAAGCAACGUUCCUGCUCUUUGCCAGUUCCCUAGUGGCCACGGACCUUGCCGGUCACGUCAUUCCAGGCGCGCUGGUUUUGCGCCUUUACUUCUCUGGCUCUGCCGGAAGACAUUGCAACCAACCCGAUGCCAUCUGCCAAUUCUUGGGUGGCAGUAUGGUGUUUUUCGGCCUUUGCCCACUCUUUCUUGGGUGUGGUAUGGCAGCUGAGAGGUGCAUGGGCAUAACACGGCCUCUCUUGCAUGCCCGAGUUGUGUGCACAGCCCACACCAAGGUGGUGCUGGUGAUGAUAUGGUUUUUGGCUUUAUCUGUAGCACUGCUGCCAUACUUCCAUUUGGGCACAUAUGCCUAUCAGUAUCCAUGGACGUGGUGCUUCAUUAAAGUGUUAGAGGACACAAGCAUCACAGAUGUGGUAUUUGUGCUGCUGUUUUCUGGACUGGGACUGGCCUCACUGGCUGUGGCUUUUAUCUGCAACACAAUCAGCGGAAUGACGCUUGUGAUUGCCCGUCUCCGCCAGAGGACGUGCCACCGAAGAUCAACCAAAUCACAUGACACUGAGAUGGUGGCUCAGCUGGUGGGCAUCAUGGUCACAUCCUGUAUCUGCUGGAGCCCUCUGCUGAUCUUUGGUCUGAUGUCAGUCAUCCGCUCGUACAGUGGCUCAAUGGGGGAUGAUCUGCAAACCUACAGGACUUUAAUGGUAAUGGGAGUGCGUCUGGCCUCCUGGAACCAGAUUCUGGACCCUUGGGUAUACAUUCUUCUACGGCGGGCCGUCCUCAGGAAGAUCUGCCGCUUAACUACGGGCCGCAAAGACCUGAGUGGGAGCACAUUCCGGCGGUGGGAGAUUAGCUCUUUCCAGAACUCGGUUAAAAAAGAUAUUAAUCUGAACUGAAGGGGUGAGGAAUUCCAGCGUGUGAGUUCUGACACAAAAUAUGGAGGAUAAAUCAUGAGGAUGUUAUAUAUCAAAUCUUUGCACUGUAGUUUUACAGAACACAGAUGAUAUGUCCCUAUUGCUUGUUGGUGGAUAUAGGAGUAGUACACUGGGAGUUGUUCUAAAACUCAAACUCUCAACUCAUGCAUCAUAAUGGAGUCAGUUUAAGUUAAAAGAGUAAUUCCAGAAGGAAUCAAAUUUUGCUUUGUCUUGAAAUACUCUAAAUUAUGUUUUGCCACAAAAAACAAAAAAAAAAGAAAAGAAAAAAAAGAAAAAGAAAAAGAAAAACGUACCUAACAUUGUAAGUAGAAUUUUUUUGUAUAGUAAAACAUGUAUGAUUUUACUGCUUUAAGUGCAUGUAAUGAUGCCAUGUGAAUUGUUAGUAAAAGGGUUGUUGGUAAUCAUAAAGUCUAGUGAGUCAAUGAAACUUUUUGAUGGCUGAUGUUUUAAAGAUGAAACAUGUCUUUUUUAAAUCUGGAAUCAAUCCAUUUAAAGGAUUCAGUGAACAAGAAUAGUCAGUAGCAAAGAAAAUAAAUGGAGUGUUUGUAUCUGUCGUUUUAUACCUGCACCAUUACAAUCUGUUUUGAUUUCUUUUAAUGUCAGCCUAUAUGAUUGAUAGUUAAAUUAUCACCCAAAUGUUUUUAAACAUUAAAGGGAUAAAUCACCCAAAGAUGAAAAUUCUCUCAUCAUUUACGUACCCUCAUGCCAUCCCAGAUGUGUAUGACUUUGUUUAUUCUGCAGAACACAAAUGAAGAUUUUUAGAAGAAUAUUUCAGCUAUGUAGGUCCAUACAAUGCAAGUGAAUGGUGACCAGAACUUUGAAGCUCCAAAAAGCAUUUAAAGGCAGAAUAAAAGUAAUCCAUAAGACUCCAGUGGUUAAAUCCAUGUCUUUUAAAGCAAGAUGAUAAGUGUGGGAAACAGAUCAAUAUUUAAGUCCUUUUUUACUAUAAAUCUACACAAUUGACCAGCUCCGACUAAAAGGUGGUGAUAUGCAUGAAGAAUGCAAAUUGGCAAAAAACAAAAGUGAAAGUGGAGAUUUAUAGUAAAAAAGGACUUUAUUGAUCGGUUUCUCACCCACGUCUAUCAUGUCUCAUCUGAAGACAUGGAUUAAGCCACUGGAGGCGUAUGGAUUACUUUUAUGCUGCAUUUAUGUCCUUUAUUGAGCUUCAUAUUUCUGGUCACCAUUCACUUGCAUUGUAUGGACCAACAGAGCUGAAGUAUUCUUCUAAAAAUCUUCAUUUGUGUUCUGCAGAAGAAAGUCAUACACAUCUGGGAUGACAUGAGGGUGAGUAAAUGGGAGUUCAUUUUUGGGUGAACUAUCCCUUAAAGUUUGUUUUUGGCUUCAGGGAUAUUUCACAGAGUUCUUAUGGUGUUAUACAUAGUAUUUCUAAGUCAAAUAAAUAUCAUAAAAGCAACAUGAAGGCAAAACUUUUACUUGUAAAUAUAGGCAAAUGUUAUUUGUUUGAGUUCUUGUUUGUAUAUUAGUGCACCAUUGUCUUCAAAAGCUAUGGAAUGUAAGUUACUGAAUGUUAUGACCAAUAAAGCUUAACCUGUUAAAAAAAACAACAGGAACUACAAUAUGUGCAAGAAAAGAGAAAAUAUUCUGCAAGUUCAUCAACCUCAUGGGUCUUCCAAUCUCUCUCUGUCUGGCCACAACACUUAAUCUACAUCACACCUGAUAUCCUCCCUUGCAAUGCAAUGAGGGAAAAAUCUUUUGGCAUGAGGCAGCCACCCCCUACAACAAUCUGC